CCAUUGCAAUCUGAAUAGAAAUAGAAUAUAUUUCUAGACAAAAAAACAAGUCUCCAAAAAAAUCAUGCCAAAAAUGCCCUGCCUCCAAGGGAUGGAAUUUAUCUUUCAAAAAAAGAAUGUAUGUACGGGUACCGUACCGUUAUUUAGCACGGUGAAUAGCUUGAGCCUCCCUAAAUCCGUAAAUCCGAUUCCUUCCGAGUUAAAAAUUUUGUUGGAAAAUGUCGGCCUCGUUCUCUAAUCUUCAUGACCUUCUCAUUCAGUUAUCGGAGCCGAUCAGGAAAACACUAUCGGAAACCCCAUAUAAUCCACCGGAGACCGGAAACAUCUCCGUCAAAGACACAAUCGAUCAACUUCUUCCUGGAAAACCUUCACGACCAAACCCCAAUUUCAGCGACACCCAAAUUCGGAACUCAAUAAAGGACUUCACUCUCGCUUGUGCUUUACUAUCUUCGGCUCAGUCCUCAACCCAUGAGCUCCUCUCAUGGAUUCCUCUGUCCGUUUCGGCUUUGGCAGACUCGGCCUUUUGCGAGCUCUCGAAAGCCCAUUGCGUCAUUUUCAGCGAAACGAAUGCGAGGAGAAUCGCGGAACUGGGUUUGAAUUAUGGAAUGAUGACCGAGGAGAACAGAUUGGUUGUGGAAUUGAUGCCUCAGGUGCUCCCGUCGUUGAAGGACGCUAUUCAGGAGAGCUCCGUUGAUAAAUCAGAUGAAGUAAAUGAGUUAUCGGCGGCUUCGGCUAGAGCCCCCGUUGGUUUGGCCAUUGUUGCUGCUUCUCAGUUUAGAUGGUUUGUGACGAAGAUAGAUUAUCCACAUUUGGGCAAGUUGUGUGCUUUAGUGAUUCCUUGUGCGCUUACGGCCGUCGAUCACUGGUCGACAGAGGUUAAAGGGCAGGGAAUGAUUAGCUUUAUACACAUAGGAAAAAAUGUGAAUGCUGCUGAGCUUGGUUCGUAUAGUGAUGUGAUUUUGGAUGCAUGCUGCCAAAAUAUUGCUUCCGAUGAUGAGAUAUGGCAUCUUGUGGUAGAGAUGUCAGUGGUUCUUGUGACUUGCAUCCAAAGAAGUAAUCCUCGCAGUCCAUGGUUUGAAAUGAUUCUAAAUGAGAUGCUGAGCCAUUUGGACCGCCAACCAAGGAACAUGGAUCGUCGUGUUGCGUGGCUUCAACAUAUUGAGCCACUUUUCAAUUGUGUUGGUCUUUUGUUAUUAGCCCAUUUUAGGCGAAUUUUUCCUCUAUUCUUUCAGUGGAUGUGUGCCGAUGAUGAUGAGACUGUUAUACUGGUUCUGAAACAGGUUUAUACAGUUAUAAGGCUAACAUGGAUCCGUAACACACCCUAUGUCGAUAGGCUCGUGGAUGAACUUGCUGCAUUGCACAAAGGAGCACCAUCAAAAAAGUCUCAUGAAGAUAUCAAAAGAAGCGUUUCUGAGAUUCUGACCUUGCUGCAGCAAUGCAAAGGCUUGCAGUUUGAAGCAGCAUGCGAUAAGUACAGAGAUGAUCCAAGCUUGGCAGAUGUUGUUCCCUCCCUUAGUUGAAGAAACACUGCAACGGUAAUGAGGAAUCUAUGAUGUUCUUACUCUCAAAUGGGGGCUUGAGGAUUGAGAAUUCAACAAGCUAAGAUAGCCAUACAUUGCAGGUUACUUGGUCCAAAUGCAUGAAACAGUUUGUACCAGAUAUCUUGAGUUUUAAUGGCUUCCAGUCCAUAGGUCUAGUGUAUCAUUCCAUAUUUAUAUGAUGGGUCGUGUCAUUGUGAUACAGGUCUUCCCCUCUUUAUUUUUUCCAUGGAGGGUGGGAGUUUGGAAAUGAUACCAUUACAGGUGACAAAUUAAUUAAGUGCCAUAUUGUAUA